CGCAGUAUCAUGACCGCCACAUGCCAUAUGUAACAAUGAUCGGAAAGAGAUACUUGGACAUAACAAUGCGUAUUGCCCUACUGGAGGCGAUGGACUCCAUGAGCGAAGAAAUCGCGGAUGAUGACGAGGAAGUCAAGUUUCGAAGGAUCACAGAUAGAUUCGACAGCCUCAAGGAGGUUACCGACGCCAUACAAAGCGUCGGCGUUAAGGAGUGCGGCCUGAUAUUUGGUAUCGACUACACGAUGAGCAACCAAAUGCAGGGAAAGAAAACGUAUGGUGGCCUGUCCCUCCACGACGUCCAUCCGUCUAGGUCCAAUCCUUACCAGGAGGUAAUCUGUAUACUCGGAGAAACUCUGGAACCUCUUGAUGAUGACGGGAUCAUCCCCGUGUACGGCUUUGGGGACAGGACUGUUAAAGACAAGGGAGUAUUUCCGCUCAAAAAGGAUGGUGACUGUGAUGGUUUUAUGGAAGUCUUAAAGAUAUAUACAGAAGUGACACCCACAAUCAAGCUAGGAGGUCCGACCAGCUAUGCCCCAAUCAUACAGCAGGCUGUGGAUAUCGUCAAGGAAAAACGACAGUACCACAUUUUGGUGAUUGUCGCAGACGGCCAGGUGACAAACGAAGAGGAGACCAUCAAGGCAAUAGUUGAGGCGUCCGAGUUCCCAUUGUCCAUCGUCGUCAUUGGUGUAGGGGACGGACCGUGGGACAUGAUGAAAGAAUUUGAUGACAACUUACCGACGCGAAAGUUUGACAAUUUCCAGUUUGUGUGGUUUGAUCAGGUGAAGAAAGGCGUGAGGAACCCGAAUGUGGCCGUGGCGCUAGCCGCCCUUAUGGAAAUCCCCGACCAGUACUUGUACAUUUAGAAGCUGCGUCUUCUGGACAAACUAUAAAUCAUAGCCUGUGAAUAUAUUUUGAAAUAUUUCUUGACCAUUUUACGAAGAAAGAUAUAUAUUUAUAGUCCCAUUAUGUUUUUAGUGAUGUAAACUUUGUUGUAUGCAUAUCCGAAUGACUUCUCUUAAUCUAAUAAGAAAAAAUUGAUUUUAAUUACAAAAUGCAACAUAACCAGAAAUGUAAUCUAAAUUCAGCGCACAAAACGUCAUUACGAAAUUUUGCAUAUCACGUGACUCAUACACUACCAACCACGUGUUUUUGCCAAAAACAAACGCGUUGCCACCGCGGAAUGGAUUACGUCAUCGCGACGUUACAUUCCGCGUUACCAAACGCGUACUGCGUAUCGCCGCGAUGCGGCUUACCGCGAUAUGCUGGUAUUUUAAAAUGGUAAAGGUGGUACACAUAAAAGAUAAUACAUGUAUAUUGAACCGUGCACUAAGAAUAUAUUUCAUUCGUUUGCGAGCGUAAACAAUCUCAUCCCCCCAAACUUGAUAAUUAUGUCGCUGGAAUAUUGAGUGUUUGUUUAAGUAUUGUUGAUAAGUUAAUUGACUCGAUAUAGUAUUUAUAUAUAAUUCACAAUACCACAAGUUCAACGAGAGCAAUCGAAAUUGAGAUGUUUUUGAAAAGGUGACAAUAGCAUCUGAAUACUUUCACAGCUGCAAAGCAUUAAUUUCAAGGAUCAAAAUACAUUUUGAGUACGAGCCAAGAUUUAAUACAACUGACUAGAAUCAUAUGAAUAUGAUGAAAAAAAGAAAGAAAAAGCCUUCAGAUAAUUGAAAGCUACCUAAAUUACCGUUAAUUAACAGUUUAAAACGCCGCGAAUCACGGUGACUCGACGCGGUAGUACGCGAGGGAAAAAUCGUCCGUGGUAAAGAAAAGUCGCGGCGAUGUGCGAAAUAUGCAAAAAAACGCGUGGUUGAUAGUGUACCUAAAAUGCUAUGAUGCUUUAUAUUCUUAUGUUUUGCAUUUUUCUUUUACUAUGAAGUUUUUGGGAUUUUCUUUUACACAAACUAAGCAUACUUACACUGUUAUUUUCAUAAAAUAUUUCUCUUGAAACCUAGAUUAUAUUCAACUGAUGGUGGUAAUAAGACAAUUCGUAUUAAGACAGAACUCUGUCAUGUUUUUAGGCCAAAAUAGGGUUCCUGGAAAUGCAUCCUAAAAGCAAUCAUUUUAUUUUUAUUUGACUCUAUGAUAUUGCAGAAAAUUACGGUAAUACAUGUAGUAUAUAGAAGUAUUUUUUUGUUUUAGUUGGGUGCAAACCCACUCCGGUAAACUCAAGAAAGGAUAGUAAAACAUCGCUUGAACCACUAGACCAUCAGGAGUUUUAUAGCAGUUGAUAUUUUGACCUUGUAACAAUAUAUUUUUAACAACACGUGAUAAUAUAAAUCAUUUAAUCACGCAACAACAAAGCUGUAAUUGAGUGUUUUAUAGCGUUGUUAACGCUUGUAUGAAAAUUUUGGUCUUCAAAAACGAUAUUUGAGCAAAAAUCAAAAUUUUCUGAAGGGUUCCAGUUUUUGAUUUUUAGUGAAAAAACUCCAAAUGAUUUGCGACACUUUAUUUCGCAUUACACAAAAAAGUGCGUUUUACAAAAACAUGACCGAGUACCUAUCCAGAGGUGUUUCUCAUGACUUUUUUACCCUAUAUAAUCUACAGACAAGGGUUAUAAUACCAAUUCAGCAAUUCUCAAAACAAUGUAUAAGAGUUAAAACAAUGGAGGGGGUAUUUGAAAAGUGACUUACAUUUAAAAAGAAAGUCUUUAGAAUGGCCGAAAAUCAUACAGCUUUAAGAUAUCAAUUAAAUUAAAAAGAUUACGGCAUUUUAAAACUCGCUCGCAAACACACAAAUAAUGUCAUUACUUCAGAAAAAAUCACGUUGUGUGCAGUGUUGAACAAAAAUAAGUAUCCAGUUCAAUAUAGAAUCAUAUGUUUUAUCUCCGACCACUUUAUUCGUUGUCUAUGAAUGGAAUUUACCACUAAAAUUGGCAAAAGUUACCCAUUAAAUUUUGUUUUGGUAAUUUAUCGGCAAUUUUAAUUUUUGAAAACGAGGGUGAUAUCGAGCCAUUUUUAUGACUGCCAACACAUAAAAUGGUGAAUUUUACAAAUAAACAGUGGCUUAUGAAAAAUCUGUGUUGUUAAAAAUCCUAUAGUUUGAAAUGCGCAUGCAAAUUGCAUUUUAUGUUAUUUAAAUGAUUUACAACGGGAAGUAUUUUUGUUUUGGUUGAUAUAGUUACUUUUACAUAUCUAAUUUUGCUUUAUGAACCCGUGGCAGAAUAGCGCAAUCGUGGUUGUACCCCUUGUCUUCAGAUUAUAUGUUAAUAUAGGGUUAACAAUCGUGAGAAAUCCCUGUGUACAUAUCUGCGAUUUUCACUACACAACAUCGAUAAUUUGUCAUUUGAAAAUACUAGCAUGAUAUCUAUUUUAGUAACAGAAGCUAAGUUAUCUUCAUGUGAAAUUUCAUUUGAAAAUGUUCAGAAUUUCUGUAGUUAUUUCUCCAGUCUUAUUAUCCGGCAUCUUCUCAGGUACUGUUUGCAAAGCCAUAUGCUCCGCCCCACUCAGAGUCAGUAAGUCAGUGGCCCAGUUAGGGAUUUUGUUGGUUUUUCCCAUACACUUCCUUUUAAUAUCCUCCGUCUGCAGAUAGAGUUGGAUUUUCUAAUCAUUCAAGUACUUGGGGUUUACCUAUAAGUUUAUAAUUAUUUGUUUUAUUAUUAAGUUUCCUCAAGUUAAUGUAUACUUAGAUAAGAUUUCCCUUUUACGUUUUUUCUUUAUAUAGGAUUGUUGGAAUAAGAGUGCGGUUUGUGCACUUAAACAGGUUUAAACCCCCAAGUAAAUUAACAUUUUACCUACCGUUCCAAGGCGGUACUUAACAAUCCUUGAUAAACAUACCUAGUUUUUUAUAUAUAGUGCGUAUGUACUGUGCUGUUUGUGGAGUUUUGUGCUGUCCUUCCAUGUUUCUUGUUUGUGAUUGUUUGUUUUUUUGUGUUCUAUAUCUUCGGCGUUUACCCAGUGCCAUUAAACCGGGUUUAUGUUUAAACUUCUUGCUACCGAGCUUGUUUCUGUAGUUUUUCACAUAAGUAUCUAUCAUAGUUAUAUACUCACUUAUUUUUCUGUAAAUAUUAAAUCAUUAGGGGCACUAGGACUUUAAGGAGUGAACUGCGUUAUUGGUGACAUUAUUGGGGUAUGACCGAAGAUUUGCUGGUUAAAAAGUGUAGGGACCGAAGUUCCCGAUUUUGACAUCAUUUACGCAAUUAUUUACUAAUAUUUACACCAAUAGUUUAUGAUUUCUUUCAAGAAUUGUUAAAAGAACUUGUUUCGAGACGAUAACUUGCAAUUUACUGGAUCUAUUCUUUAAAACUUUUUUAAUUGUAAAGCACAAUGAGAAGAAGUGCCAUGUACAGGAACUUUAACUCUAUUUCAGCUUAUUAAAUAGUUAUUGCACUU